GCUGUCGAGGCGCGUUGACCUUUUGUCUCCCGGCGGUCAGGUACGGUGAGGGGGGCGGAGACACAGAAGGAGCAGCUUCAUAUCGGACUGGUCCCGACGCCCCGGACAACAAAUGGCCGGGAUCCGACACAGAGGAGGAGUGUGUUCGGGUUUUUUUUCCCCACUCUACACCAAGCACUCUCUCCAUACUCACAUAGUGGGUUAGAAAGGGGAAGAGGCGCUGUUUAUUCUCACUUUGAGUUGCCUACAUUUUUCAUCCUUUUGGUAGAAGAAUGAGAGAGUCCUGUUGACACCACGGAGAGAUACACGCUGAGACCGACUAUGGCUGUGGACGCGGCGUCCAGCUUCAGUUUUUGCCGUGCCUCCCUGGAGCACACGGUGUCUGCUGAGGAGCUGAGUUACCAGCUGCCGCGUCGCGCCGGAGGCAGCAACCUGACCUGGCAUGAUGGCCGUGGCCAGAAGACAGCGCACACACGCACCGUCAAACUGCUACAGCAGCCCGGCACAGAGGGCAUCCAGCUGCGUCCGGGUGAAGCCUUCACUGUUUAUCACACCAGUCCUACUCUGUCCAGUCUGUCCAAACCGGUGGUGCUGUGGACUCAGCAGGAUGUCUGCAAGUGGCUUAAGAAGCACUGUCCUCACAACUAUCUGACCUAUGUAGAGGCCUUCUCCCAUCACGCAAUCACAGGACGGGCUUUGCUGCGUUUAAAUGGGGAGAAGUUGGAGAGGAUGGGAAUCGUCCAGGAGACACUGAGGCAGGAGGUCCUCCAACAAGUCCUCCAGCUGCAGGUCAGAGAAGAGGUUCGCAAUUUGCAGCUCCUUAGCCGAAACUUCUUUGAGCCUCAUUUGGAAAUUUCUCGUAGCUCAUCCCUGGAUCAGUUUGGCAGCCCUUCCCCACAUCCCCUGUCACAAUGCGUCUCUAGGAGCCACGGAAGAGCUGCUGUCUUCAGAUAUGUGAACAGAGAAUCGACGGAAGAAAGGGGAGAGGAUGAGCCUAUAGACUACGUGCCAACUGGUCUGGAGGAUUCUCAUUCAACACGGCCAAUCUGGUUUACAGACACUUAGACAGAGACAAAGCUCUGUUCAGCUCAGAGAUACCCAGUGUAACAUAAUGAUGCAACUACAGAUCCACUAGUGAGGAUUUAGACCUGAAGCUGGCUCGAUCUUAGCAAAUCUCUUUUUGGUUUCCUGCCUCAUUAGUAUGUGACUGAUUGAGUAGCUAAAACACAAAACUUGUAUUUGUUCACAAAUGUGAUUCAUAAUUCCUUAAAUUCUGGUGUAAGCACAGAUUUACAUACAGUGCUACUAUUUGGAGAAUGAGCCAAAAUGGAGGCAACCAUCAGUCAGUAACAGUUUAAGCUGAAUGUUAUUCCCACAAUAAAACUUUUUGCAUUGUGAUUUAUCCGCAGUAUAUCAGCGAGAAGUUACACUUAUAUCUCUCUCUCUCUCUCUUUCUCCCUCUCUCUCUCUCUCUCUCUCUCUCUCUCUCUCUAUAUAUAUAUAUAUAUAUAUAUAUAUAUAUAUAUAUAUAUAUAUAUAUAUAUAUACAGUAUGAGUGUGGCAGAGUAAUAUAGACUUUUUAAUGUGUGUAUACUGUAAUGGUACUUUAGUGUUUUUUUAAUGGAUUGAAUCCAGGGGGAGUCUUUAUGACCACUGACUCUUUAUGUUUGUUAAAGCAAUAAUUUAUAUAGUGAUGGUGAUAAGCAAAGAAGACAGAGUAAUAUCUGGGAUGUAUAUUAGGAAAUUUUUUGUAUAGUAGAGAGAAGUGUACUUUGUAUGUGCAACUGUAUCCUGCAUGUCAUCUGUCACACGGAUACAAGAAGAAGGGACAAGCCUCUGCUGAAUUCUGUCCUGUUUCUGUCCCUGAUGUGACACUGAAGUUGCAAAUGCUCAGCGAUCAAGAAAGACAACUUUGACAGCUUCACAAAUGCAGGACUCUCAAAGCCAGAACCUUGGAUGUAAUUCAGAACAACAGCAGAAAACUAUCUAUGAUGAUGUUGAUGAUGAGAUGUCACAAAUAUAAAUAAAUUAAUGAAAUUCGCUUCCAACAAGCAAAUCCUCCUCAUCCGACAUCCCUCCAUCUGUCCCCUGACAAGGAGGCUUUGGGUAAUUUGAGUUACUGACUGUUACAAGGGAAAAAAUACACUGUGUUUUUUUGAGAUCACCUGAUGUACUGUAAAUAUCUACACUUUUGGUUUACUUUGACUUAUGAUUGAUGAACUGUUUCACAUGCAAAAAAAGGAAAAAUAUAAAAUAUUUAUCUGCUUUACAGAUAUACAAAGGCAUAUGUAUGUAUGGAAUACAAUGGAAGCUGUCUUUUUUUUAAUAAACUAACUGAGAUGAAAUAUUAUUGAUCUUCAUGUGACUAAUAAGCAUUAAAAAAAUCAAUUUUUGUUA